CUUGUCUGCUUGCGCCGAGCCGAGUGCCCUGGGACGAAGGAAGUAAAUCGGCGCCGUGGCUGCCUUGAAUGAACUGUUAGUUAAUUUAAUUUUAGCACCCGCGAUCGUGUACAAUGGGUGGCUUUCUCUGCAAUAUAGUAGCCGUACUAAUGGCCGUCUUGAACUUAGCGAAAUCGGACGAUGUGAUGGGCUGCGGUGGUUUCAUUCGGUCCAACGUAACGAUCAACUACUCUCGGGUCGAAGUAAAGUUGUUAACGCGGCAAGGUAGCCAGAAGUACCAGACAGAAGGGGCACCUAACAAUGGCUACUACCUAAUCCCACUGUACGACCGAGGCGACUACACCUUGAGGGUGGACCCGCCUCCCGGCUGGGUAUUCGAGCCUGCUUCCGUGGACCUGCACAUUGAUGGCACCACGGAUCCAUGCAGCACAGCACAAGACAUCAACUUUGUGUUCAAAGGAUUCUCCAUCGUUGGCAAAGUGGUGAGCGAUGGCCAGCAGGAGGGUCCCCCCGGGGUGACGGUGGAGCUCCGUGACAGCCAGGGCAAGACGCUGCAGAAGGCCCAGAGCACCAAAGGGGGCGGUUACGCCUUCACACGCAUCCUGCCUGGUGAAUACACGCUGAUCGCCUCGCACUCUACCUGGACCCUGGGCCGCUCCAGCACCACCGUCAAGGUAAUCGACGACAAUGGCACCCCUGCUGAGAGCCUUGUUGUUGCCGGCUACGAUGUCCGUGGUGAAGUCUUUGGCGAGGGAGACCCAAUCCGAGGUGUGCACUUUGUGCUUGCAACCGACAAGUCUGAGACAGCGGCCAAGUUGGCUCUAAAAGGUUGUGAGGCCAGCUCGCCCCAUGGUUUCAGCCUGCCAGCUGGCCUGCGCUUCCUUUGCACCGUGACAUCUGGAAAUGACGGACAGUUUGUGUUCCCUGCUGUGCCACCAGGCUCCUAUAAGCUGCUGCCUUUCUACAAGGCAGAGCGCAUAGAGUUUGACAUAGCACCACGGCAGGCCGUUUUUUCUGUCAAACAUGGCAGCCACCGCUUCCCCAGCAAGUUCCAGGUCCAGGGCUUCAGCGUGAGUGGCAAGGUUCGUGUCUCUGAAAAAGGACCCGGCGUGCCUCAGGCCGAAGUUUUCCUGGGCGGCAGCAGAGCAGCAACCACUGAUGCCUCGGGCACAUUCCACCUCGAGAACAUGAAAGCCGGCCAGUAUGUCAUCCACGUCAAAGCACCCGGUAUGACCUUCGAUCCAUUCCCCGUACGGGUGUCGCCCAACACACCCGAGCUUCCCGCCGUAGUGGCCUCCCAGUUUGAAGUGUGUGGCACCAUUGAGGGUGCAAGCCGACGGAUCAUCAUAGAAGGUGGCAAAGAGCCAUCAACAGUCAUCGCGGACUCCUCUGGGAAAUUCUGCACUGCCCUUAAGGCCGGCAAGUAUGUCCUGCGACCUUUUGUUGGCAAGGAGGAGGAGUCGUCUGGCCUGCGCUUUGUCCCUGCCGAGAUGUCGCUGGACAUUCCUGUUGCCAAGGCAAGCGAAGUGGCCUUCACGAGAUUCAGGGCCGAGAUCCAAGGCAAGGUGGCCUGCAUCCGGGAGUGUGGGUCGGGUCUCAAGGUGUCCCUGCGUUCCACCAGCUUGCCAGAGGAUGCUGAGACGGUCACGGCUGAGGUACAGCCGGACGGGAGCUUCCACUUUGCCAGUCUGUCCGUGGGGAAGUACAGGCUCUGGGUGGACCGCCCAGAAUGGUGCUGGGAGCACGACCGAGUUGGUGGCAAGCUUCAUGCCGUCGACAAGGCUGUCUCGCGUGUGACGCUGCAGCAGACAGGCUUCCGGGCUACUGUGGUGUCGAGCCAUGCCACUCGUGUCGAGGUGGUUCACAUCGACGACAGCGCCGCCGCCCUGAACCUGGAAGUCCCCGCGGGCUCAUCGCAGCACUGCCUUCCCAAACAAGGAAUGUACGCCGUCCGACCAGUCGGAUGCCACGAGUUCAGGGAGAAGGACCUCCGCUUCGACACAUCUCAGCCCGCUGUCAUCACUCUGACUGUGGCCAGGCACACUGUGGGUGGUGUGGUAAUUGCCGAGGAGAAUGUCACUGACCUAGUUGUGAUGGCCACGCUGUCUGGAGCCUCUGCACCUGUCCGAGUGGUGCCUUCUGCGCCCGUCAAGCAGGCUGGGGACAAGUUCCUCUACCGGUUCAGCAUGAUGCUUGCACCAUCAGUGUCGGUGGAACUUGUACCACGGUCAGGGCGCCUGCUGUUUAGUCCACCAACGUCGCGCAUUUCUGUUGGUAACGACUGUGCUGAUGAAGCCGCCCGCUUCGAAGGGCGCAUUGGCCUCUUUGUGGAUGGUCGUGUGAACCCGCCACUGGGAGGUGUGCGGGUCGUGGUUCGGGACCUGGCAGGCCAGCGCCCCGAAGUGGAGACCGAAUCUGAUGCAAAUGGUCGAUUUCUGGUAGGGCCACUCGACUCCGAGUCCAAGUAUGAUGUUCAGGCAAGCAAGGAUGGCUACGUGUUGCGCCCACUGGACAAGCUCGGCCAUUUUGAGGCCUUCAAGUAUGCUGAGGUGAAGGUGUCUGUUUCGGAGGCUGGUGGGCAGCCCCUGGCGGGCGUCUUGGUCUCCCUGAGCGGGGCCGCCGACUACCGCAACCACAGCCGCACGCGCGAGGACGGCCGGCUCCGAUUCCCCAACCUGAGCCCCGGCAAUUACUUCCUGCGGCCCAUGAUGAAGGAGUACCGUUUCUCGCCGGCCUCCAAGAUGCUCACCGUUGGGGAGGGUGCCACUGUUGAACUGGACAUCACGGGUGACCGCGUAGCGUUCAGCUGCCUGGGCUGGGUGAGCUCGGUGACGGGUGAGGCCGAGCCGGGCGUCUCCCUGGAAGCACUGGGCACGGGCACCUGCCAGGGACACCAGGAGGAGGCCCUGAGUGACACUGAGGGUGCCUUCCGGCUGCGCGGGCUGCUGCCCGGCUGUGCCUACCAGCUGCAGCUCAAGCCAGACGCCAACCCCCACAUUGAGCGAGCCGAGCCCCCCAAGCGUCAACUCGUGGUCACCAACGCGGACCUGACAAAUGUCCGGGUCAUUGUGUUCCGCUUCUUCAACCAAAUGGACAUCACAGGCCAGAUAGUCACCGAUGCCAAACACCUGCCCGGUCUGAAGGUUCGUGUGGUGGUGGACGACGCGCCCGACCAGACACUGCACACAGUCACACCAGGUCCCGGCGGCUUCUUUCUGCUGCCACCGCUGACGCGCGACGGCCGCACCUACUGCCUGCAGUUGGAGGGGGGCAGUAACACUGGUGGCACCUGCUUCCACGCCAACACGUCACACCGCCACGUGAUGCUGCGCCAUGUACCCGAGCUGCCACUGCACCCCGAGCACGAGAUCGUGGCCCGCUCCUCGCUGCUCGCCCUCCCGGUGACGGUUGUCGCGCUGCUCGCCUGCUACUACUCAUCACGCCUGCUCACCAUGGGCGCGGACGUUGCGCAGACACUGCGCACCCUUCUUAGGCAGAUUAGCGGCACAGCCAGGAAUGGAGAGGGGGCCCAGGGUUCUCCUGCAGACAUGAGACGAAAGGCGAAGGCCCGACGCACCUGAUACCACUUUUGCGUGCCCCGAGAUCCGAGUUGUGAGACAUCACAUUCCCAUCUGCUGCCCUCUGUGCAUUUGUUUUCUAAUCUGACUGAACCAGUGACGCUGUUUAUUAUUUGAAGGUACGACCUCGAAGGUUGUGUUUCCUUCCUGUGCUCCCGUGACCCACCUUUGCAGACCGAGUGGAAUAUAUUCAUCUUAUUCACCUAGAAUACAAGUUUCAAAAAGCUCUGUGCAUUAGUUUUGUAAGGGCAGCGUUUCACAAAAACGUGGAAAUUUUAUAAUAACUUCAUCAUUUAGGUAUUUGUUGUCACAUUAUAUAACAGCACUGAAGUGGUGUAUAGCACAAGGCAGGUUUUGCAGAGAAUGGUUUCCCUGAGAAUUGGGAGUGGUCAGCGAAGCUUGUGGCUGUCCACAUCGAGUCUCCGAGCUGGAAUUGCUGAUGGGACCACUCCCUGGAAGCUAUGUUUUGUGGCAACAUAGUGCUCACAAUUUGGACACUUGGUAAUUGCAGCUGUAUGCACUGACCUGUAACAAAUGCAGUGGCACCGGACUAUGAUGAGCUGAGCUCUGACUGUAGGGCAUGCAUUCUGAAAAGUGUUUUGCCGACGGAAGUUCUAGUAUGUUGACAGUGGAGGGGGGGGGGCAUUAUGAAGAACUUGUAUUUGGUGCGGGAGAUUAAAUGUACAAAGUAAUUGUGUAUAGUAUUUGAAGUCAUGAGUGGGUUCACGUGUGGUUCACGUUACUUUAUUUCUCAUUUUGUUUGAAUGGUGGCUAGUAAAGUUGUGAGACCUUUGCA